AUGAUCAUCUCGCCGCCUCGCAUCAACCUGCGGCGCGCCGCCUCCUACAACCAUUCCGACAGGGGCCCGCUAUCCUCUUCCUCCUCUCGGUUCGGCUUCGACCACCUCAUCUUCAACUCCCCGCCACCCUCGCCGGGUCUGCCCCUGCCGCAACAAGCUCCCCGGAUGCGGAAAUCGUCCAGCACGCCCCGCCCGAGCCGCGUCGUCCGGUGCUUGCUAUGGCUCUCCGGGAUGCUCCUCAUCCUCUACCUGGCGACCCAGUCGAUUCGCCAGGGCCAGGUCGUCCCUGCUAUAGGCUGGGGCAAGUCCUCGGACGAGGCCUACGAGAUGGUGGGGCAGGAUGACCUGCCGGACUUCCCUACGCCCAUCGUGGUGACCGACCGGAGGGGACGGGCAAAGUGGACAGUCUCGAUACCAUCUGACUACCAGUUUCCCCUAACGACGAAGGAAUACAGUGAUGUUUGUGCCAAGUGCAGGGAGGUCGCCAUGAGGGUUCACGCGCUGCACACGCACAACCCUGUUGAGAAGGCCCAGAUCAGUUUCAACCGAGGAGAUGCUGGGAACGAUCGGUAUUUUAUGGAUGUGAAGGAAGCAGAGAAGCACGGAUUCCUCCCUGGGGCGGUGGGCACGGUGUCGGGCCGCGAGGGUGACCUGCUAGGCGUGGACAAGAACAUUCUGGCCGACAAGCCGGCGUGCACGUUGAGCCUGACUUUUGUGCUGGAAUCAGACGACGGCGGGCUGGGCAAGACUCUUAUGUCACUGUGGAUGGCCUACGGCCUCGCCAAGCGGGAGGGCCGCGCAUUCUUCAUCGAGGACGCCAGAUGGGCGUACGGCGAGUACGCCAACAUAUUCGACAUGCCUCCCGCGCCGGCCUGUCGGCCCCCACCCCGACACGAGAUGAUACCCUGCCCGCGUAACGCACGGCACCUCGUCGUCUCGUCGGCCAACGCGCGCGAGAUAUUCGGCGCCCGCGUCCCCGACGGCGACUCCUACGCCGAAGGCGUGGCCGCCAGCCUAGACCACCGCCCUGCGCAGCGCGAGCUUUUCUCCCUCGCACGCGACGGCUACGAGGCCCUGUUCCGGCUCAACAGCGCCGACCGCGAGUACGUCGUCAACCGAAUCGCCGAGCAGAGGGCCAAGACGACGUCCGCGGCCGAGGGCGCAGCGCGCAAUGGCAGGAUCGUCGGCGUGCACGUACGUCACGGCGACCGCCACCCACUCGAGUUCCAGUACGCCGACAGCUACAUCCCGCUGGCCACGUACGCUGACGCCGCACACGGCCGUCUGAAUGCGACGCUGGGCAGUGGGACCGCCUCCACGGCGAGGUCCAAGUCCCUCCUGGUCCUCGCGUCCGACGAUCCGCUCGUCUACGAUGCGCCCGAGUUCCGCGGCGCCGCGCGCGCACAGGAGCAGAUCCGGCUCGCGGGCAAGGAGGAGCUGCCGCAGAGCUCGCGGCCGGACAAGUCGGUCAUGCACAAGUUUGUAGACGAGACGUUCGGCUGGGAAGGUGGCUUCUUCGCGGCCAUGUUCUGGAACCUGGGACUGUCGCCCGCGGCGGCGGCCGGCAACAACGCCGCCGCCGCUGGCAGCAUAGGGCUCCCGCCGCCACCACCCGCCGGCGCCGAGACCAUCCGGCUCAGGAGCCUGGUCGGUCGUGCCUACAUGAUGGACCUGGCGGUGCUGGCGGACUUGACUGAGGGCGGCGGCGUCGUGUGCGGCGUCGGCGCCAUGGGCUGCCGGCUGCUGGCCGUCAUGAUGGGCGCCGAGAGGGCCUUUGUCCGGAAUGAGUGGAUCAACGUUGACGGCGAGUUUGGGUGGACGGGGGCUACCUGGCUGUGA